AUGAUGCGCAAUGAUCAACGCAACCUCUACCGCCAGCCAGAUAGCCCGUAUGACGUUUGGGAGAUGGAGAGAGAUAGCAUAUCUCAAACUGAAGAGGUUGACUGCGGAGCGGUAAUUAGUUCAUUGCAACUUCGCCCUGCCUUGUUUGUUCCCAAUUUCGAAGCGAAUCUUCCGGGCAACAUGUAUUCGACGAGUAUGACGGUACCCGUGCCUGAAAUUGUCGAUCGGCAAUUUGAGAAGCCCCUCUUAUGCGGCCCUGGACCCUGCGAUGUGUGGCCCUCGGUGGCGGAAGCUUUAACCAGGCCCGUGUUAUCUCCGAUGUGUGACGAGUUGUUUAACGUUUUCGAUGACUUACGAGCAGGAAUCCAGUACCUGUUCCAAACACGAAGCAAGCUUGUGUUGGCGAUGAGUGGCUCCGGCCACGCUGGUAUGGAAGCAGUGAUAAGCAAUCUCGUUGCGCCAAAAGAGACGAUUCUCAUCGCUACUAGAGGCAUCUGGGAUGAGCGAGCUUACAAUAUUUCAAAAAGAUACGGUAUUAAUCCGAUUGUGUAUCGAAUACCAUGCAAUCGGUCUUUUACCUUUGCUGAGCUCGAAACACAAUUGAAAAGAUAUCGGCCGACAGCGCUCUUUAUUACCCAUGGAGAUUCAUCCUCAGGGACUGUGCAGAAAAUUGAAGGACUCGGGGAAAUUUGCCAUAGAUACGGCACAUUAUUGUUGAUAGACACGGUGGUGUCCUUGGGUGCGGCUCCAUUUUUCAUGGACGCAUGGGGUGUCGACGGCGUAUAUACGUCCACUCAGAAAGCACUUAGUGGACCAGCUGGUAUAUCUCCAGUAGCAUUUAGUGCUCGAGCCGAGGAGAAAAUAAAUAAUAGAAAGCACGAACCACCCUUCUACUUCGAUAUCAAAUUACUGGCGAAGCAGUGGAAUUGCUACGGGAAUACAAGAACGUACCAUCACACAUUGUCAUCUCCUCUUCUUUGGGCGCUGCGAUGUUGCCUAAGAGAAAUUUGCCAAGAAACGUUGGAGAAGUCGUGGGAGAGACAUGCUAGAGUAACCGAGUAUUUCCAUAAGCGAUUACAGCAGCUUUCUGUAAGCUGUCUAGUGCCAAACCCUGAAAAUCGCUUAGUGACUGUCGUAACAGUCGUGUUACCCAGGGGCUAUGAUUACCUAAAAGUCAUCAAUCAUAUGAUAGAGAAACACAAUGUGCGAAUAUUUCCGGGCCUAGGUCCAACGGCGGGGAAAUCACUACGCAUCGGAAUAAUGGGAGUAAACUCAACUUUUCAAGUAGCGGAUACUAUCAUUGAUGCCCUCACCGAUGCCUUGCAAUCACUUACAAAAUCGUCACUA